UUAUAAUUAAAAAAAGAAAAAUUAAAAUAGUUUUAUAAUCUUUAUUGAAAUUUCCACUACACCUCCCUCUUUUACUACUGAUCCAAGACCUCACUUCUUUCCUUCCUUCAUUAUUUUCUUCGUUAUUUUCUCCAAGACCUCACUUCAUUCAUUCAUUCCUGUUAUUUUCUCCAAGACCUCACUUCAUUCAUUCAUUCCAAGAGCCUCAGACGACCACCGCACAUCAUCUUCUUCGGCGUUUUUUUUAACCGGGCCACCUCACUUCAUCUUCUCCAGCGACAAGGUUCCGAGUUUCAACAACCACUCCGGCAAUCUAAAUUUUGUUGGUGAAUCAAGCAAAACCCUAUAGAUCUGUCACCAAUCUUCUAUCUUACACCAAACAAGUCUGCAGAAUGGAUAUAUAAAAUAUGGAGAAUUUUCAAGCAGAGCCAAGUAAUGAAUUAGUGUCGGACGCUCCGGAGGGGUUUGACAACGGUAGUGGCUCUGGCUCGGACAUAGGAAACAUUUCAAGUGGCGACGAAGAUGUAGGGGAAUCCAACAACGAAGGAUUUCCGUGCAACCAUGAUGUUGCAACAGCUGUUGACUGUAUGGUUGACGUACGCAAGAUUAACUUGAAGGAAAUGAGUUGCGAAGAAAUAAUGAGGUACCAUUUUCUGGACCGGGAAGUAGCAUUUAUGUUUUAUAAUUGGUAUGCCUGUUUACAUGGUUUUGCUGGUAGAAGAAGUCGAAAUGUUAGGAAUGUCAAUGGCCAAAUAGUUCAACAAACCUUUCUUUGCCAUAGAGAAGGAAUUAGGGAUGAUAGGUAUAACAAAACUGUUAUUAGAAAAGGAGAGCAUAAACCUACUAGUAGGUGUGGGUGUCAGGCCAAAUUCCAAGUCCAUAUUGACUUUAAAAGUGAUCGUUGGUACAUUAAAUACUUUGAUGAUGUUCAUAAUCAUUCCUUCUUGGAUAGUAAGUAUGAAGGAAUGUUACCAGUCCAUAGAACGAUGACCAAUCAUGACAAGUUCCAAAUGAAAACCAUGAGAAAAUCUGGCAUUCCCACGUCACGCAUCUAUGGUUAUUUUGCCACACAGGCUGGUGGGUAUGAAAAAUUAGACUUUACAAAAAGAGACAUGUACAAUGAACAACUUAAAGAGAGGGGUAGUAAGAGUUCCGAUGCAGACGCUGCACUUGAAUUCCUUAAAGGAAUGUGUACCCGGGAUGAUAUGAUGUUUUGGAAGCAUACUUUGAAUGUGGAUGGGUCGCUUAAGCAUCUAUUUUGGUGUGAUGGAGAAAGCCGGAUGGAUUAUUCAUUAUUUGGUGACGUGUUGGCAUUUGAUGCUACAUAUCGGAAAAUAAAAUACAAUACACCCCUUGUUAUAUUUUCUGGUGUAAAUCAUCACAACAAGAGCGUCAUAUUUGGUAGUGCAAUUGUUGGGGAGGAGACGGAAGAUAGCUAUGUUUGGCUCUUGGAAAACUUUCUUGAGGCAAUGGAUGGUAAAUGUCUUGUGUCCGUGAUAACUGAUGGUGAUUUAUCUAUGAGAAACGCAAUUGGGAGGGUGUUUCCUGAUGCUCAUCAUCGGUUGUGUGCGUGGCAUCUUAUUCGGAACGCAACCAGCAACGUUAAAAAUCUGCAGUUUGUGGUGAAGUUUAAGCGUUGUAUGUUGGAUGAUAUUGAUGUUGAUGAGUUUGAUCGUAGAUGGGAGGAGCUUCUGCAUGAGUUUGGUUUGUAUGGAAAUAGGUGGAUGUUGGAAAUGUAUGAAAAGCGAGAUAAGUGGGCUACUGCACAUAUUCGGGGAAAGUUUUAUGCCGGUUUUUGGACGACUUCAAGAUGUGAAGGAUUGCACUCGGAAUUUGGGAAAUAUGUGAAUGUACUAUCAAAUUUUGUUGAUUUUUUGAACCAAUUUUUUCGUUGGCUUAAUCACUUGAGGUACAAAGAAAUGCAGAUGGAUUACGUAACUUCGUUUGGUGACACCGUUCUUCAAACCCCACACAAAUGUCUAGAGAGGUCAGUUGCCAAUUUGUACACUAGGUCAGUUUUUCAUAUGUUUAGGCCGAUGUUGGAAAGGGCUGUCGUUGCAAGGUUGAGCCAGGGGGUAAUAGUGGUUCAAUCUUAACCUAUAUGGUAUCUAAAUAUCCUAGACAAGAUGUUCACUGGACUGUUACUUUUUGUCAAGAAAGCUUAAGAUUUGGUUGCUCUUGUAUGAGGCUUGAGUCAUUGGGUAUUCCUUGUGAGCAUAUUGUAUCUGUUUUAAUUCAUCUUAACAUCAUUGUCAUGCCCAGUUCUAUUAUUCUGCCGAGAUGGACGAAAGGUGUGAAAGAUGCUGUUAACGCUGCAAAUGCAAAUAGUUCCAGCCAACAUGAUCCCGCCUUUGUUACUUCGUACGCAACCUUGGUGGAACGAUGUAAAAGGUUGUUGAAUGCUGCAUUUCAAUGUGGUAAUAAUCCAGAAGAGAUUCGCAAUACUAUUAUUUGGUAGAGAAUCAAACUGAAAGACUGGAAUUGGUUGGUAGUACCAAUGGUGAUGAACCUUCCUUCAUGGAUACACAAACUGGAGGUAGCAUUGGGAACCCCCCCCCCCCCCCCCUCCGGGUUAGGAGAAAAGGUGGAGUACCUACAUCUUCAUCCCAGACUGCCACUUUUAAGCCUAAGAGAAAGACACAUAAGUGUGGUGUAUGCGGAGCUGAGGGACAUAACAAAAAAUCAUGUCAAUUUCGUGAAGAAGCAUGCUUGAAUUCCCAGCUUGAAGAGAUGGAAAUGAUAGACCAUGUUGAUGAAGACUAUGCCAAUGACAUUGAAGACUGUAACAUUGAUGUGGAUGUUUUUUAGAAUGCAGCAGUGACUAUAUUGGAUGCAUGUA